ACCAAACAUUUGACUUUGAUAUUUGAUGAUAAGGAAGUUAGACUGGUUUAUUUUAUCAUCUUGAAUUUAACCCAAUAUGAACCCAUACGAUUACUUUGGUGAUUGUUGCUAGAUAAGAAUAGAGAUUUAAAUUGUUUUACAAAAGAAAUACUUUUAGCUGUUAUUAACGUUCGUAACGCAACAACGUGCAUUUAUUAUGUUUGGCGAUUUGCAAUUUGACAAAAUGGUUGACACCGAAAAAGCCAAGGAAUAUAUGAAAACUAAUGAAGUAUUUCAUUCACUUGGGUAUAGUGACACAGAUGAAUAUGCAAUAGAUGCUUGUGGUAAUAAAAUUAUGUAUUCUGAUUACCAAAGAAAUAUUGAUUUGGUUACAUCUGGUGUAUUGGAGGAAGAGAGCAGUGUGUUAGCAUUAUCUAAUAAUUUAAAAGCGUUGGCUAAAUUGAUAGAAGGAAAUGAAUUGCUUUUUGCGCAAAUUGAUUAUAUGACAAGAAAAAAGCCAACAAAUGAAAGUGUCAAUAUUGAUUUGAAAUUGAUUGUUCAGAAUAUAUUGUAUGUGAGCAGUGCUAUGACAAAGAAGAGAUAUACAAGCAAUGUGGUGGUAAUGCAGGGGGGGUCCCCACUGUGUAUGCUGGGCUUUGUGGCGCAGCUGGUGUGCAGCGCUCAGCGCGUUGUUGUGGAGGCUGUUCCUCUCACCGCCGUGCUCUGCCAUCUCUUCGUAACGCUGUGCCGCAAGGCUGGAUUAAACGUUAGUUUGGCUUUCGUAAAGGAACCUUUUUCGGCAGAUAUUGACUGUGAGCAAAUAAAAGAAAUGCAGCGAGGGUGUAUAUGUGUGGUCACAGAGCGGUCAGACGUCGAGUCCGCUGUUGAUACUUUCAUCGCUUCAGCUUCACAGGAUCCUUGGAAAAUACGUCGGGUUUUAGUGCAGGAAAGCAUCGUCGAACGUUUAAAACAUAUCCUUGAAUGGAAAUCGAAACGAAAUUCUUCUGACGAUGAUUCGACAGCUUUGGAAUGUUCUAGUGCCUACCAUAUAAAUGAUAAACUGUUUCUAUUCGAGUACACCGGCCAACAUUCUGGCGGCCAUGUUGUAAUCGAAGCGUACAGAACUGUCAAAGAGCUUCUGUCUCUUUUCAAUAUAUACAAACCUUUCGCUAUCUCGCUCUGGUGCUCUGAUAUAUCUCAGGCUAAUGAGAUAGCGUACGGAAGCGAUUCUACCGUCAUCUGGAUCAACGAUUACGGCUCAUUCGAAGGACCAUUAAAAUCUUCGCAAGCGUUUUAUUCGAUUAUCGAUAUCUCGUAUGCGAAAGAAAGAAUUCGACAUUCAUUCGAUGUUAAAAAUUUAACCAACCGUGCAUUAAAUUGGUCUAAACUAGAUGUCAGUGAGAGAUAUAAGUUAUUAAAUGUAGGUAUAGGAAAAGCGGAAAAAGCUGGUCUUUCAAAGUCGUUAUCUAUACCUGCCAUAGAUUCAAAUAUAGAAGAUGGUAAUUUUGUGAAAGUCACUAAUGUUGGAAUUUGUGUAGGUAUUCAGAUGCGAGAUAUCCCCUUUGUACUGUUUAGAGAGAUUGAAAUAAAAAGCAUUUUGACUUGUCUAUUGCAAGGCUUUGCAGCUGUGUUACCUUCGGUAUCAGAAUCGCUCGGAGUUGUUCUAAAACUGUUGGAGGAAGAAGGCGCGGCGGUGAUGUACAAAGGUGUUAGUGGUUCUGAGCAAUGUCUGGUGACGUCACAGUUUUCUCAGUAUAAGGUGAAAGUUGUGAGAACUAAUUUCGGUACUAUUUUUGCAAAUUAAUGUAACUUAAUUGAAUUUCUUAAUAUUUUACGUAAAAACAACGUUCGUUUU